UCUGUUGUGUGCCUGUGCACCCGCCCAAGGAGCUCACGGGGCACAGGAGGGCUGGGCUUGGCAGAAGCCCCACUUCCUCCUGGCCCGUGGGUGCUUCUGUGAGAGAUGGGGACAAGGGCUCUUGAUCAGCAACCUGUGGUGACCUGUGGGCCCUAGACCACUCAGAGGACAGGGAGGCCCACUCUUCUCCCUGCUGCUAGCUUCCAGGAGGAUGAGAGAGCUGGAGGCUCACAGCACACUCAGGAGGAUGGCUGCCUUUUACCAGUGCAUCAGGCCUGACCCCAGCGAGCUCGACAUGAUUUCCACAAGGGUGAUGGACAUUAAGCUUCGGGAGACUGCAGAAGGCCUUGGGGAGGACAGCACAGGAAAGAAAAAAUCUAAAUUCAAAACUUUUAAGAAGUUUUUUGGGAAGAAGAAGAGAAAAGAAUCGCCAUCAUCCACAGAAAGUAGCACCUGGAAACAGAGUCAGACGAGGAAUGAGGUCAUUGCCAUCGAGUCUGGGCCAGUGGGCUACGACUCCGAGGAUGAGCUGGAGGAGUCGAGGGGCACGCUGGGCAGCCGGGCCCUUUCUCACGACAGUAUUUUCAUUCCUGAGUCCGGACAGGACCCUACUCGGCCUGUGCGGGUGUUUUCCCAAGAAAAUGUGUGUGAUCGGAUUAAAGCACUGCAGUUAAAAAUACAGUGUAAUGUGAAAAUGGGGCCACCGCCGCCUCCAGGGGGGCUUCCUGCCAAGCGCGGAGAGGAUGCUGGCAUGAGCUCUGAGGAUGAUGGGCUGCCCAGGAGCCCCCCAGAGAUGUCUCUGCUGCACGACGUGGGUCCCGGCACCACCAUAAAGGUCUCUGUCGUGUCUCCAGACCAUGUAAGCGACAGCACUGUCUCUGCCCGGACCUCGGACAGCAGCCUGGCACCAGUGGCCGACUUCAGUUACCCUCCAGAAUCCUCCUCCUGCUUGGACAACUCUGCAGCUAAGCACAAGCUCCAGGUCAAGCCCCGCAACCAGCGGUCGAGUAAGAUGAGGCGGCUUUCAUCGCGCGCUCAGUCUGAAUCCCUGAGCGACCUGACGUGCACCCCAGAGGAGGAGGAAAACGAGGAGAAGCCACUGCUGGAAGUCAGCCCAGAAGAGAGUCCCAGCUCUGGGCAGCAGGACGUGCCGCCAGACAGAGGCCCUGAGCCUGGGCCACCGGCGCCCUUGCCGCCACUCGGAGGGGUCCGUCCGCCCCUGCCCCGGAAGCCGCUUCUGCAGAGCUUCACGCUGCCGCACCAGGCCGCGCCCCCCGACACCGGCCCGGGAGAACGCGACCCCAGGAAGGAGCCCAGGACGGCGGAGAAAAGGUCGCUGCGCAGGGGAGCUGGUAAGAGCGCGUCGAGGGUGCGGGAAGGGCCGGGCCUGGGGAAGUCCACAUCCGCUGGCACAUCUUGCUGGACACUCGCUAACUGUAAAGAAUUUCCUCCUGCUGUUCAUAAUCAGGUUCGCGUGGCCCAGCUGCACAUGGAACGUGUUCCAUGUAUUGGAAUCACAAGUCUGUAUAAAAUAUAUUACCGCCGGAGAAACCCAAUAAUGAAGCUAUACGCCUGUGUUAGCACAGACAGCAGCGACAGGUCAACCACGGCCGUGGCAAUGGACCUGGAAGGCAGGCAGAACAGAGGACUGCGGCUCUAUCUGUUGAAGCACCGAGGCACAGUGACUGUGCUGGCUUCAGCUGGCUGUCAAAAGGCAAGGAAGCUGGGAAUUUACACUGUACUACAGCUCGUUGCCUCUGGGGAGACUGUGUCCUUUGAUAGCCCUCAGCUUCCAGACUUAACAGCUACGUCCCUAGUGUCAUACAGGCUCAGUAAUAAUGCCAAAUGUGCGUCUGAAAACUUCGUGGUUCUCUCGUACAGGGUAUUUAGAGUUGUGUGUGAGGGGAGGAGUCCUGCUGCAUCUGCCCUGCAGCAAACCAAACUUGCUACCCUUCCUCCCAGGGCAGCUGCACUGCACGGGGAAUCUGGCUCUUCCACAAUCCGCAAAGGCGCUCACACAGACACAGACCCGGAAUUGCUGGUCCCUGGCCUGUGGAGUAUGGUGCUGUGCAGAUCCCAGAGCUCCUGCACUGCCAGUGUGGGUGCCAAGCACAGGAGGCGAGCAUACAGUUCGGAGAGGCCUGCUAGGCCCCUGCCACAGAGCAGGGUGGCUCAUCACACAGCUGCUCUGCCUGUGCUCACUGGGGACAAAGGCGCAGCAUCUCUGAGUCUCAGCACUGUGGAAGAAAAGGGUCUGCCGCCUGCAGCAACAGGGCCUGGAGCUGAUGGGCAGCCUGUGCCACCCUGGAUCACCGUCACUCGGCAGAAGCGGCGAGGGACCUUGGACCAGCCCCCCAACCAGGAAGACAAACCUGGGACACGGACCCUGAAGUCUGAACCAGGAAAGCAAGCCAAGGUGCCCGAGAGAGCCCCCGUGUGUCUUGUGUCCCAACAGGAGCCUGUGAAGCAAGCUGACUUUGUCCGCAGCAAGUCUUUCCUGAUAACCCCUGUGAAGCCCGCUGUGGACCGGAAGCAGGGGGCAAAGCUCAACCUCAAGGAGGGGCUGCAAAGAGGAAUCUCUUUGUCCCAUCAGAACUUGGCUCAGUCUGCAGUGAUGAUGGAGAAGGAAUUGCAUCAGCUGAAGAGAGCCAGUUAUGCCAGUACAGAUCAGCCAUCCUGGAUGGAACUUGCCAGAAAGAAAUCUCAAGCCUGGAGUGACAUGCCCCAGAUUAUAAAAUAGGUGGGCAGUGUGCUGAUAAAGCAUGUCCACUACCCUGACAAGCCACUUAGUUAAAAAACUGCCAGUAUAUUGUGGCAAACAGACCGUGAAACUUAAAGAUUGAUUUUAUCAUCAAGUUAUGACGAACUUGGGGAAGAGGAAGGAACCAGGCAAAACAAAGAGGAUCAACACACAGCCAUACUCCUGGGCCAGAGGGCCCAGAAACAAGAACAACACUGAAAGAUCCAGGAACCAGUUCCUGUGCCCAAAGGUACGUGUGUCUUUUAGAAUUCCCUUGAUGAAGAAGCCUCAGACAAGAAAGAAAACAGAAAUGAAGUUGGACGCGUAAGUAGGACACCCAGCAAAGGCUAGAAGAGAAGCCGUUCUAGGAGAAGGGACAUCUGUGCUUCCAGCUGACAUCAGCCCAUGUCUCUGGUCGCUGUCUUGCCUGUGGAUCCUGUCUUCUCUCAUGUUUACUACGAGGCAUGACAUUCAUGGCGAAACAGAGAUGCCGUUUCCAAGAGCAGCUAUAAAACAAUCUGUUUUCCUAAAGGCAGCCACUCUGAGAAGGAGAUGAAGGAACAUGGCAGGGUUCAUCAAUUCAUAGACUGUUUCCAAAAAUAAUUUUUAAACUUUUCCACUAGGCAUCUGUGUCUUUAACCACUGCACAAUGCAUUGCCUGUUUAAUAAAAGGUUUCAAACAUG